AUGUCCAACCCUCCGCAAUCCGGCUCGGGCGGCGGGAACUGGUCGAACCGCGACCCCGGGUACAGACCGCUCAAUGUGCGCGACGCGCUCAGCUACCUCGACCAGGUCAAGAUCCAAUUCGCCGAUCAGCCAGAAGUGUACAACCGCUUCCUUGACGUGAUGAAGGAGUUCAAGGGCCAGGUCAUCGACACGCCUGGCGUCAUUGACCGCGUCUCGACCCUCUUCAGAGGCCAUCCAUCCCUCAUCCAAGGUUUCAACACCUUCCUGCCACCUGGCUACCGUAUCGAAUGCUACGGCCCCGAGGGCGACCCGCAGGGCAUGAUCACCGUCACGACGCCCACGGGCACCGUUAGCCAGGUGCCAGGUGGUCUCGCGGCGGCCAUUGAUCAGCGUGAACGCGAGUCUCAGCGCGAGCAGGCUCUUGCCUCUGAACCUCCCGCAUCCGCCGCUCCAUACUCGCAGCCACCACCCCCUGCCCCGUACCCCGCUCAGCGUGCUGCUCCCCCCGCUCCCGCCCAGUCGGCCCAGCCCCCGGCUCGUGCCGCCGCACCCCCACCCAACGUCAACAUGCCUCCGCAGCACCCUGCCGCCCCCUCGGGCCCAUCAACCCCCGGCGCCGCUCAGUUCCUCGCCAGCGGCGGCCUCGGCCACCAGGGCCAGCAGCCCCAGUCCCAGCAGCAGGCUGGCGGCGCGCGCGCACCCAUCCUCGAGUUCAACCACGCCAUCUCGUUUGUCAACAAGAUCAAGAACAGGUUCAACUCGGAGCCCGAGACGUACAAGAAUUUCCUCGAGAUUCUCCAGACGUAUCAGCGUGACCAGAAGAUUGAGGAGGUGUACGAGCAGGUGAUCGACCUCUUCAAGCACGCGCCCGACCUUCUCGCCGAGUUCAAGCAGUUCUUACCCGAGAGCGGUGGCUUCGGCCUCGGCAACUUCAUGCAGGCUGCAUCCAGCACGCAGACGCAGACCGCGGGCCAGAAGCGCAAGGAUGCCAAGGAGCCUGCCCAGGCCAAGAAGCGUCGCGCCGGGCCUGAUGGCAAGGCUGCCCAGCAGAAGAAGAAGGCCGACAGCCCUGUCGAGGAAGAGGCCGCCGCCACGACGACUACGCCCCCGCAGACUCUCGCCUCGCCCGACGAGGUCGCCUUCUUCGACAAGGUCAAGAAGUUUAUCGACGACAAGGUCACGUACCACGAGUUCCUCAAGCUCAUCAACCUGUUCACCCAGGACAUGAUUGACGCCAAGAUCCUCCUCGAGCGUGCCAAGGAGUUCAUCGGCGACUCUGGUGAAGUCUGGACAACGUUCAAGCGCAUUGUUGGCAUCGAUGACCUCGGCAGCGUCGGCCGCGCCACGACCGCCCAGAGCGGCUACGGCUUCGGUGGCAUGAUCAACAUUGACAACCAGACCUCGGAAAACACGCCCAUGCUCGAGCGUGUCAAGCCCGACCUGUCGGGCCCCAAGGUCAAGACCUCUGGCCCCAGCUACCGCAAGCUCCCGCAGUCCGAGAUCAACCUCAACUGCACUGGCCGUGAUGCCAUGUGCUGGGAAGUUCUCAACGACGAGUGGGUCUCGCACCCUACCUGGGCUGCCGAGGACGCUGCUCCCUUCCUCGCGCACCGUAAGAACGCGUAUGAGGAGGCUCUGCACAAGUCGGAGGAGGAGCGUCACGAGUACGACUUCCACAUUGAGGCCAACCUCCGUACCAUUGCUCUCCUUGAGCCGCUCAACAACAAGAUCCAGACCAUGGACCCCGAGGAGCGCGCCCACUUCAACCUCAAGGCUGGUCUUGGUGGUCACAGCAGGUCUAUCUACCAGCGUAUUAUCAAGAAAGUGUACGGCAAGGAGCUCGGCCCUGACAUCAUCCGUGCUCUCCACGAGAACCCCGUCACUGCCCUCCCCAUUGUCCUGGACCGUCUCAAGGCCAAGGACGAGGAGUGGAAGAAGGCUCAGCGCGAGUGGAACCGCGUCUGGCGCGAGCAGGAUGCCAAGAACUUCUACAAGGCCCUCGACCACCAGGGCGUGGUGUUCAAGGCAGCCGACAAGAAGACGCUCGCCGCCAAGAGCUUGAUUGCCGAGAUUGAGGCGCGCCGUAGGGAGCAGGCCAACGCCCGCAACGCCCUGCUUCGCCCUCGCAACUCUCCUCGUGCUCGCUUCCAGUUCCAGUUCGAGUUCAAGGACGUCGAGGUUCUCAAGGACUCGCUCAAGCUCAUCUUUGGCUACCUUGACCGUGUGCCCAACAUGAACGCCCAGGACAAGGAGCGCAUCGAGACUCAGAUCCGCGAGUUUGUGCCCCUCUUCUUCAUGUUCGACAAGGACGCGUUUGACGCCGAGUUUGGAGAUGCCGAGCACGGCUCUGACGAGUCGGACGGUGACUCUGACGGUGACGCUAGCAUGGCCGGCGACGACGACGACUCGAGCGCCGCUGCCAAGAAGAAGAAGGCCGAGCCCUCGCUUCGCAAGCAGCUUCUCAAGGCUGCUGGCGACAAGGACGGCCUCAAGCAGCGCGAGAGCACCUCUACUCCUGGCCCUGAGGACGGUGUCGACUCUGCAUUGGACACUCCCGACCGUGCCGAGACGCCCAUCCCUACGCCUGCCGACCCUGCGGCUGUCGCCGAGGCCGUCGCCAAGGACAAGGUUGACGCCGAGGCGUCGGAGCAGACCUGGGUCCAGCUUGACACUUCAGACGAGUCAGCCGCCUCGGACGCCCCCGACGUCCCCGCGCCCAAGCCCACUCGCGCUGGCAACUUCUUUGCCAACAACCACUACUACGUGUUCAUCCGUCUCCUCCAGAUCCUCUACUCGCGCCUUGUGUUGUGCAAGACCAUUGCCGCUCAGCUCGCUGCCGAGAGGAAACAGCCCAUCAACCCUGUUGCCAUCCGCCUGGGUCUUGCCGAGCCUGCCACGGCCAACUUCGGCAUCGAGGCUGGUGAGAACCCGUCGGUUCACUACUACGACCACCUCCUCGCCCUCGCCGAGAGACUGUUCGACAAUGACCUCGACCCCCCAACCUACGAGGAGACUCUGCGUCUCAUGUUCGGCAACAAGGCCUACACCAUGUUCACUAUUGACCGUGUUGUGAGCGCCAUCUGCAAGCAGGCGCAGACUAUCCUCGGCGACAUGAAGAGCCAGGAGCUCCUCAGCCUGCUGCAGCGUGACCGUGCACCAGAGAAGACGACCACUCGCCAGCAGAUUGCCUACCGCAUGAACGCCGAAGGCGUUCUCGGCCCCGACGAGAACCUGUACCGCAUUGAAUACAUCCCCCGCACCGAGACGGUCGCCGUUCAGCUUCUUGCCCGCGAGGACUUGACAAUGGACGACCCCGAGACUGCCGAGCAGAAGUGGCGCCAGUACAUUGACAGCUACGCCCUGACACAUCCUACCGAGGGCUUACCCCACCGUGUUGAGCAGCCGUUCCUGAACCGCACGCUGGGUGAGCUGCCCGACGAGCUCGGCCCCGAGCUGUUCGAGACGCACAGCGGCCUCCAGUUCCGCGUCGCAUCUGGCAACUACCAUCUCUUCUACCAGCCCGGCACCGAGGACUACUUCCACCGCGCUAGGCCACAGGCCGAGGAGGAUGAGCUCGACGCGCAGGAGAACCGGUUCUUUGACGCGGCCAAGAAGCGCCUCGAGGACUGGAUCAACAAGCCGGCCGAGGGCGACGAGGACGAGGCGCAGGACGCCGCCGUCGACGCCGAGCCAGCUGCGGCUUCCGAGGCAGCCGACGGCACAAGUACUGCCGCGCCCGUCGCUGCCGCUGCCGAAUAG